AUGCAAAGCCGCGCACCACCGCUCAACACACUGACUCGUCAGCCGCUGAGGAUUGUUUUGUCUCGCAGAUUGGGCUGCAAUUAGUUGUCGGCAUGACGAGUGCCGUCGCAAUCAAUUCGCCGACGGGGCGUCUUGGCGAUGCGUGCAAUUAGUUGCGGGGGUGAGCGGGGCUGCAACCCUCCGCGGGGGUAAACACACUCGCAGCUCGCGAGCUGGCAAGGUGGGCUGUGAAGUGAUUUGAAGCUUCCUUGAGUGGUAUUAAAGCGAGCGAGAAAAAGAUGCCACUCGCACUCGGCACAAGAUAAUGUUGCUGCUGCUAAGAUAAAUCGAACUCAGCCUUCGUCAAAACCCUCCAAAAUCCGCACCGUCCACAAUGAGAAAACUCGCCUUAGAGACUUAAAGUUGCGGGACGUGAGCGCCGUCGGAGCACCCUCCUCGCAUCUCUCUCACAACCCCUUUGCAAUAAUCGAUGCAUUUUUGGAUCGACAAACGCAGUCAGGUGUGUUCACUCAGCAGAAACAGGUACGGCCCUUCACCGAACAGACACCGUGGGGGUGGUUGGAGCGGCGCAGGGGUGGGAGGCUGCAAAGUCGGCGGCCUCGUCAUGGUGACCCCCGUCCAUCGGUUCCAACCAAUCGAGAGUGUGCAGGCGGCCAGCGCCGGCCUGCGACGCGGCCACCACCACCGGCCCCGACUGCACAACCACGGCCACCACAAUCAUCACCACCAUGCGCACCAGGCCUCGUCCCUGCUGCAGGCGGCCGCGUCCUCCUCGCGCGCCACCAGUCCCAAUCACGCUUCCUCCAGUUCGAGAUUCGCCUCGGCCGAGCCAAGUUUGGAAAUCGCGGCGCAGGACAUGUCGGAGAACUCUGAGUUGGUCGGUUCGGCCCGGGGCGGGGGCGGAAUGUCGCUGCUGCCCCACGGCGCCGUGGGGCCUGGUCUUGCAUCACAGCAGCAAGUUCUCCUUCGACUGCCGGCACCGCAGAGGGAGGUUUUCGCCUCCGGCCGCCUCAAAUGUGGGCUCUGGGCCACCCUGGCCCUGAUCUCGUUUUCCGUGGCGGCCGCCAGGUUCUACUCGGACCACAAAGUGAGUAAAGGGUCUGGACUAGAGAUACUCUACUUAAUGGUGUGCGCGCUUUUGCUCCUGCUCCUCUGCUGCGGCUGUAUGAUCUCAUUGUGCAGCGCCGGCCCUCCAAGAGGCUGCUUCAUCGCACGCACCCCGCAGGGACCAAACAAUUCACACGAUCUGGGUCCAAGAAGUGCCCUGAUUGAAGUUCCAGAAGAAGAUCCUGGACCUGAGAGUGUCUCCCAGCCUGCCCUCUGUGUGCGCCACCAAAUGGAACAAUCAUCGUUGUCCGACCGACCAAUUUACGAAGCACAAGAGUCGCUGAUGGGCGGCGAACCUCCUCCGUACCACAUCGCCAUUUGGCUUCCGCAGCCGGAGGGCGAGCAGGAGCCGACGACGACCAACCCUCAAGAAGUACCUCCUCCUUCCUACGACAAGGCGACCAGUUAAUUAUAAUUGGUUCAAAUUGUUCAAAAGUCCAACAACUUUUGUGAUCUCGCUGCUUUGCGCGGUUUUCUUCCUUAAUUACUCCGUGAAAUAUGUGAUCAAAAGUGUUACCCGGUCCCGGCCCAUCAUGAAAAAAAUAAUGACUUUGUUGAAAGCGCACAUUUUUCUCGUUUGCCAAAGUGAGAGCUGCUGGACAGAUUCGACCGUGAAAAUCAAACAUAUCAAAGAAUUCAGUGGAAUUUAAGACAAAAAAAUCUUUAAAAGUGAUUGUUUUCAAUAUAUAGAUUUGGAUACUUUGAAAUGACAUAAAAUAUAAUAAGUUGUAUAUUAAUGUUGUCCGGAUGCUGCAGGAUUUUUUUUUUUAAUUAUUUGGAUAUAAAUCGUUGGUAAUUUGCAAAUUUUUCUGAUACUGACAAAAUAUUUAGUGGAAUAAUGUUGGCAAGAGGUUUUCAAUGACAAAACUUUUUCGCACAUGUCGUACGAGUACCUUCUUAAAAUUUAAGAUUAUAAUUAAUUAGUUAAUUAUUAUUUACUGAAAUAAUAUAAUAUAUAAUAAUUUAAAAUAAAUAUAGCUCUUCAAAAUGUAAAAAGUCCCAGACUUAAUUCAGUCGCCACAACCUCCCCAAAUUUUAUUAAAAAUGGAUAUUUUGUUUUCAAUUAACCAGUUCAACUCAUGUCUUACAAGUUUUCCAUGAGUUUGAAAAAUAAUUUAUUUAAAAAUAAAAUGAUUUUGAUAAAAUUUUAAUAUGUAAUUUGCAGAGGAGCAGUUUUCAUUUAAUAAAUUAUGACUCUCGCAAGUCUCGCAACAGGAGACAAAAGAAACACUCUUUAAUUAAAUACUUUUAAUGUUUGUAGCGGUUUGUAGUGUCUAGAUAAAUAUCGAAUACAAACUUGAAAAGAUCAAGGCACUAUUGACAUAUGUUAACAUUUUAUAAUGUCUACCAUUUUCUACAAUCACAACUCCCUUUCAAGGAUUUUAAAGCCAGCAGGAAAAUGAAAUAAGAACAUGAAAACCAUUACAUAUAUUUAACAAAAUAGCAAAACGUAGAACGGUAAAAAUAAAAAUGCAAAAACGAUACAUAUUCCUCAAAAAUGGAUUCUUGAAAAAAGAAAUUUUUAAUGUUGUUUUAAAUCAUGAUCUGUCUCCCAUGUUAUCCCUGCAGACAAUAAACCUUGAAUAACA